CGACUCUAAGUGAUAUAACUUUAAAUCGGUAGCAGUGGAAUAAACACACUCAUUCUUUUUCUUUCUCAAAUAUAUGAAUAUAAUGUUAUAGCAUAGUUUUCAUUCAAUGAUUCCGUCUGCCUUUUAUUACUUUUAACCCUUGUUUUUCCACUUAUGUUGUUGAUAUUUGUCCCAGUCAUUGACUUCACAUGUUGUCAAGUUUCUAUCUCUCGAUGAUGAUGAUGAUAAUGUUAACUGUAGCGCCUUAAACUGAUAAACAUUUGAAUCACAUUCCAUAUUAUUUAUGCUUAUCUACUUACCUUAGUGUUUAUUGGUCAAAUUAUAACUGACCUAUGAGAAAUUCCUAAGACGCUUUAAAAAUUCAUUUAUAAAAACUUGAAAAAAAAAUUAUGUUGAUUUUGUGAUAUAAUUGCGCUGUUAUUAAGUCAACAGUGACCUCGGCCUAAAAUAACAACUACAAUAGUGUUCAACAUACAUAUUGAAGAAUUACACUAACAAUUAUGACAAUAUUGUUCAAAUAUUUUUCGAAAAGAUUAAUUUAUCCGUUAACAAUGAAAACUUUAUUGGUUCUCUUCAUUUAUUAUACAUUUUCAAUUCAUGGAUCUAUUCAACAUGCAGCUUUAGGUCAACCAAUGAAAGAUAGUUCAUUAGCUAAAGAAGUCUAUUUUAGAACUGAUUCAGGAUAUAAUAAAUGUUUAGCAAUUUGUUUAUAUUGUUAUCGUGAUCAAAAGUCAUUUUAUGAUUGUGCGAACGUUCAAUGUCCAUUGUUACAAGAUGCAGAUUUCCCACCGCAUUUCGAUGAGGACUGUGUACUACUUUCAUCUUUAAGCAUGAAACUGAAAGAAUCCCUAAUACACUAAGCAAAAUUUGAUGGAAUUAUUACAAACAAAAAGUAUAGAAAAUUUAUUUCUCAACCGUAAAUAUUGUAUCAAAUGCUUGCCAAUAAUAUUUAAUAAAUCUAUGAUUUUAUUAGAGAUGAUUCUGUCUAUAUUAUUUAAGUAGAAUAAUAGUGGGUAAAGAGAGUAUGAAUUUUUGAUUGCUGUGCAUUAUAACAGGUUACAGAAUGAUGUAUUCUAUUUAUCCACUUGAUUAAUUUUCAUUCGGUUCAAUUUAUGAGUAUCAAGAAGCAAGGUGAAUUUCAUGUUUAUUUGUCUCGAAAAUUAUGAUUUAUAAACCUUUAAUUUAUCAUAAUACAACGACAUUUACUAGUUACUUUCUGAUAAUGAUUCCAAAUACUAGACGAAAACAGAAAUUAGUUAUGGAAAUAAACAUUAGUCAUAUUCAGGUUGAACAACCGCUACACACUAACGCAAUACAUAACUAGAAAAACAAUCCCUUCUCCAAAGCUUUUGCUUGAAAAUAUAAGAUAAAAUGUUUAAUGAUUAAAUAAAUAUAGGGUCACUGAACUUAGAUAUUAACUCAAAAAUAGUAUGAUAAAAGUAACAACUAGUGAAAAUAGUUCAUUAGAUAAAAUGAAAUGAAAAGUGACAACUAAGAAUUUAGAGCGGGACCAAAAACAAUAAAUCUGAUUAUGAAAAGCUCUACUAUUAUUAUAAGCUGAGUCUCGAGUUCUCUACAGCAAUGCUAAUUCAUUCACCAUCUGUCGAUUCCAAUAGUACACUUUAUGAGCGUCUAUACAUGCACUCAAUAGCAUUAUACACCGGUUUCGUUGACGCUGAUGUUGCUAUACAAUGAUAUCAUCAAUAGAAGUAUGAGCAAAUUCUGUCUCCAGUCUUAUUAUGAAAAUACCUGUACGAAUAUCAGAACCAAACUUCAACGAACUUGGUUACUGCAUAAAAUGGAACCAACUUUCGUUUGUUAACAUUAUUCUUAUGUGUGUAUCCAUCUACCUAAGCUAUAAAUGUAGUUUGUAAUUAGCAGAUAUCUAUCUUCCUAACAGGAGUGAACCACCAAGAACUGAUUAUCAGGUCAACUCAACCACGUGAUUCUGUCGUAACUGUUUCCACCUCUCAUGAAAAUCUUAAUGGCUAGUAGUGAGACAUCCAUAAUUCCAAAAUGUUUUUGAUUUUUUUCAAAUUUAAUAAAAAAAGUAGGAAGUAGCAGUUAUACGGGCUUUGUUUAAUGGAACUAAUUGGGUAUUUUCAUGUGAAUUAAAAAAGCGUGAUUCCCAACGUAUGCUGUACAAUAAUCUACUUCAAUUCAUGACUAAAGACGCUCUAAAAAUAAACGUGACUUUCCUACACAGCUGGCUAUAGAUGUUACUUGAUCAUCAAAGGAGAUUCUGCACUAGAUCCGAUAGU